AUGGCUUAAGAGACUAAAGAAUUAAGCAUCUAAUUCAAAGAUUAAGGCAAUUUAUGGUAUUCUCAGAAAGAUUAUUAGAAAGCCAUAGAGCUUUAUUCAAGAGCUAUAAUGAUAAAUGAUAAUAAUCCAACAUUCUAUCUGAAUAGAGCCAAAUGCUUUAAAAUGCUUAAAACGUUUGAUAAGCAAUACUAGGAUAGUCUGAAAGCUAUUGAACUGGAUGAUAGUUACAUCAAGGCAUAUAUAGUAAAUGGGGAAGCGCUGGUUGAAUUGGGUAAGAAUGACAAAAACACUGCCAAAAUUGAAAAAGGAAUUUUGCGCAUGAAAAAGGCUCUGAAUAUGUGCUUCAAAUAGAACCAAAAGAAUUUUGAAAAAGAAAUUUAGACCUCACUUAAAAAGGCUGAAAAGAUUAAAUGGUAUAAGUAAACGGAAAUCGAUUCGCAUGAUAAGGAGAGAUUGAUGUAUUAGAUUCGUGGAAAGAUGGACAAUCAUUAAGACGACCAAGAUAUAUUAGGAAGAUUUGAAAAGUACUUGAACCAGACUGAUCCUCGAUAUGAGGAAACUAAAAAUCAAGCAAGGGAGCACCGAUCCACGCACAAGGAAAUACCUGAUUUUUUGAUUUGUAGAAUCACAGAUGAUCUUAUGGAAUAGCCAGUUGUCAUUUAAAGUGGAUUUACCUAUGAAAAGUCUGCAAUAUUAAAGCAUUUUUAGAUUAAUGGGAAUAUCGAUCCCAUCACCAGGCAAUCUGUUGAUCCUAACAUUUUAAUUCCAAAUCACUACUUGAAGCAAGCGACAGAGUAUUAUCUUGAGCGGAAUCCUUGGGCCUUCUAGUACAUUCCAGGAGAAUUAUACUUGUAAUAUCAUAUGUGA